AUGGUGGUUUUCACCUGCGACGCGUGCGGAGAGUCCGUGAAGAAAGCCCAAGUGGAAAAACACGUGAACUUCUGCAGAAACUGCCAGUGCCUUUCCUGCAUGGACUGUGGCAAGGAGUUCUGGGGUGAUGAUUAUAAGGAACACGUGAAGUGUGUAAGUGAAGACCAGAAAUACGGUGGAAAAGAUUUUGAAGCCAAAACUAACAAAGGAGAUGCUAAACAACAGGAGUGGAUUCAGAAAAUUCAUGAAGUAAUGAAGAAGCCAAACAUAAGCCCUAAAGUGCGGAACAUUCUGGACCAAAUGCGUGUCUUUGAUAAUAUUCCAAGAAAAAAAGUAAAGUUUCAGAAUUGGAUGAAAAACAGUUUGAGAAUUACUGACAGCACUCUGCAAGACCAGGUGUGGGAUAUUUUCUCUGAAGCAACCAGAAAUAUUUCAAGUGAAAAAGAACAAGAAAAGCCACAACAGAAGGAACAGAGGCAGCCUGCAGAAACUGGGGAAAAAACAUUGGCAGAAGAAGACGGAAUUACGGAUGAUAAAAUUGAGAAGAAAAAGAAUAAGAGAGAACGAAAAGAAGAGAGACAAAAGAAUAAAAAGAAGGAGAAAAAAGACUUGAAAUUAGAAAACCAGUCAGAAGUGAAAAAGAGUAAAAAGUCCAAAAAAGGAAAGGAGAGCCCUGAGAAUGAAUUUGAAAUAAAUGGAAAUGGCCAUCAGCAUGAAAUGGAAGAGGAAACAAAUGUAAAGAAGCGCAAACAUAAGCAUGCGGAAGAGGAACCUCAUACUACAACAAAGAGAAUGAAAACUGAACACAUUUCAGAAGACGUGGAAGCAGAAGACACCAAUGGCAAUGAAGAAAACGUGGGAACAG